AUGGCAAAAUCGAAAAAGCGGCAUCCAGUCGUUUUCGGCGGUGUGGGGUACACAAAAAUACCGAAAAGUAUGUCGACGACAAUGUUGCAGGUGCUCUGCGAUCUGUCGCAAUUAUACCACGGGCGAAAGACGCCUCUCAAAUAUGGGACCAAGAAUGAAAAUUUCUGCAUCGAGAAGGGCUGGUUUUAUUGGCGACGCGAGAGGGCCUGGCCGGUUCUAAGCGUGGAUCGACAACCUCAGAUUGUGAUUGCCCGAGAUCCAAUGGAUCGAUUUGUCUCGAUGUAUGGAUGGCUUUGCAUCGAGGAAGGGCUCCGUCGAUGCGGUCCUGCCGUGCACGAUAUUCACGAUUUUGCACGUCUCGUCCAUGAUUGGGUCCGGCGUGGUAUUGUGCCAAGGGGACUUCCGCUCGAAAAACAUAUCCAUGAUCAUAUACAGCCAGCCUAUCGAUACAUCCCAACCCGAUUUCGAUAUAAUAAAAAGCGGCUACGCAUCAUCCAGUAUACAGACAACGGCUCAAAGAUGGCAGAGAAAUUGGCGACCGUCUUCCGGGAGGCCCACAUCCCUGAAUGGGCCAUACAAAAGUCGCUGGCCCGUGUCUCCGGGACGAAACACACUCGACCGCUGAAGAAAUCGCACAAACACGAGUGGAAAAAGGAGAUUCUGCAAAACCCGAAGAGUCUCUACUACGUGCUGAGCACCUACUACCCCGAUUACGAAUAUUUUGGCUAUAAAUUGCCGAAGAGGAAGGGAUUU